GAGAAGCGGUGCCGUGCAACGCCAACACACGCUCGAGUCGAGAGCUUGCACACGUUACCCGCGUCGUUCGUACAGUGAACCGCCGCGUGACCACAACGAACGUUAGUGGUGACCAGCGGCCGUCCGCUUUAGGCGCCGUCGACUCCGACUACGACGAGAUUACUCGCUUGCCACACGGCCGCAAGUGUGUUAUGCUGGUGGCCAGUGCCGUCGGCCGCCCGCACACGCGUCCCGCCACAUCAGCGUGGCCAGAAACGUGACUGUAUGGUGGGCUCGCCCGGUGGGUAACCCCGCCUGUUACGGCAUGCCAAUACGCCGAGGACAUGUCACCCAGCGCACCACUGUCAUAGAGACCAUCAUCAAGAAGUUCGAUACGCACAAUCGUAGUUUUUUGGUGGCCAAUGCCCAGCAAUCUGGCUGUAACAUAAUCUACUGCUCGGACGGUUUCUGUCAUAUGACAGGGUACAGCCGAGCUGAGGUAAUGCAGAGCCCAGCAAUAUGCGAGUUCCUCCAGGGACCAAUGACGUCACAGCAGGCUGUGGCCGUCGUUAAAGAAGCCUUGGCUGCUGGCAUAGAGAGGCAUUUUGAAAUUCUCUAUUACAGAAAGGACGGUUCCAAGUUCCUGUGCAGUGAGGUCAUCGCCCCGGUGAAGAGCGAAGUAGAUGACAUAUGCCUUUACAUAAUCAACUUUGAAGACCUAACGGCGCCACAAUCGCCGGUCGACCAGCCAGACCCGACAUCCAGACUGAGUAAAUUCGAUAGGGCAAGACAGUCGUUCCGGCAGUCGCUGCGGAUGAGCUCAUUCCGAGGCCGAAACACAAGACAAACUGGUCGACUUACACCGUUGCCCCACGAUGAUGAGUAUGACGAAGAGAGCAGCACAACCGCCGGUGAACUGAAAACACCCUCGUCGCCCAAAGCGGAUUCAUUAAGUUUGAAGACGGCAGCAGCCGAAAGUGUGAUCACGUCCACGACUUCUGCUCGAAUCGAGGACGAGGUCGCCGCUGCAGCAGCCAGCUCUUCCGCCAGUUCACAUGUACCUGGUAACUUGUACAUACCAUCCGAACACCAAAUUUAUCAAUCACACAGAACACCAGAAGCUCCUUACCCUUUAAAAACACAAGAUAAAUCACCAGAGCGACACCAGUCGUUCGGAAGUCCCCCUGUACGGUCUAACACCGACUCUGUAUUGUCGUCGUACGUUGAAAAGGAUCAAUUUCAAAGACCAACACGUCCACAUACUAUCGAAAACAUUACUGAAGCUUACAGGAGUCAUUUUACCGGGAAAAGUUUUCCGGACACGUCGUCUGAAACGGACUUACAAAAAUUCAACACGUCCGCGUUAUGGGACCAUUCGACAUCACUGGGCAACCUGGCAUCGGAAAGUCUCAAAUACAAAUAUUCCAUCCAAGACAAUGGGUCGGCAAAAUUCUUCCAAGGCGCACUGCAUACGCCGAACAUGGGCGAAAAAGUGGCACAGGUAUUAUCUUUGGGCGCCGACAUUCUACCCGAGUACAAGUUGCAGUCUCCUAGAAUCCACAAGUGGACGAUACUGCAUUACAGCCCUUUCAAGGCGGUAUGGGACUGGAUCAUCUUGUUGCUGGUCAUCUACACUGCGAUUUUCACACCGUACUUUGCGGCGUUUUUGCUUAACGAGCCUCACUUCAAAGGCCCCAGACCGUUGAGAUUCAGCUUCGAAGAUCCCCUGGUGGUAGUGGAUUUUUUCGUGGAUAUCACAUUCAUUAUCGACAUAGCUAUUAAUUUUCGGACCACCUACGUGAACAAGAAUGACGAGGUGGUGUCGGCGCCCAGCAAGAUAGCGCGGCACUAUUUCCGGGGAUGGUUUCUGAUAGACUUGGUCGCCGCCAUCCCGUUCGAUCUGAUGAUCGCCGGGUCGUCGGCUGAAACAGACGAGUUGUCUUUGGAAACUCAACAGAAGACCGAAGAGACUACAACACUCAUCGGCCUGCUGAAGACCGCCAGGCUGUUGAGGCUAGUCCGGGUGGCCAGGAAGAUCGACCGGUACUCGGAGUACGGUGCGGCUGUUCUACUGCUGUUGAUGGCCACGUUUGCGUUGAUCGCCCAUUGGCUGGCUUGUAUAUGGUACGCAAUAGGCAACGCGGAACGGCCCCAUUUAGCCAGCAAAGUGGGAUGGCUGGACAUUCUUGCCAACGACACACACCAGUUCUAUUCUCACAACAACACGGGCGGCCCUAGUAUCCGGUCGAGAUACAUCACAGCGUUGUAUUUCACGUUUAGUUCGUUGACAUCGGUGGGGUUUGGAAACGUCGCGCCCAACACAGAUGCAGAAAAAGCAUUCACCAUAUGCGUGAUGCUGGUCGGAUCUUUGAUGUACGCCAGUAUAUUUGGUAAUGUUUCGGCGAUAAUUCAAAGGUUGUAUUCGGGCACAGCCCGGUAUCACACCCAAAUGCUCAGAGUUCGAGAGUUCAUCAGAUUCCAUCAGAUACCGAAUCCUCUGCGACAAAGGCUGGAGGAAUACUUUCAACAUGCCUGGACGUACACGAACGGAAUCGACAUGAACAGUGUGCUCAAGGGGUUUCCGGAAUGUUUGCAAGCCGACAUUUGCCUUCACCUCAACAGGAAUCUGUUGAAAAAUUGUUCGGCUUUCAACGGCGCCUCACCGGGAUGUUUAAGGGCUCUAUCGUUGAAAUUCCGAACCACGCACGCGCCUCCUGGCGAUACGUUGGUACACCAGGGCGAUGUGCUAACGUCACUUUACUUCAUAUCACGAGGUUCCAUCGAGAUACUGAAAGAUAACGUGGUCAUGGCCAUACUGAGCAAAAAUGACAUAUUCGGAGAGAAUCCGUGUAAGCACGCCACUAUCGGCAAAUCUUGUUGCAAUGUGCGGGCACUCACGUAUUGUGACUUGCACAAAAUCGACAGGAGUGAUUUGCUCGAGGUGCUGGACCUGUACCCGGAGUUCUAUCAUUCGUUCAAGGAGAAUCUAGAAAUAACUUAUUAUAUGCGGGACGAAACGCAAGUUGGCGUGGAUCCGAGAGCCGGCAGGUACAGCAGGAAGAUCCGGUCGAGGUCAAGUUCGCAGGAACCGAUUGGCGGUACUGCCAACAUUGGGGCGACAAAGCAUUACUAUCACAGCUUUCACAGGGGCGUGUCGGAAAGCUGUAUAGGACCGUCGGAGCCGCUGAGAGACGACAUGAAUGACAACGACAACGUCAUGUCGGAGUUUAACAACGGCGAGAAAUACGCCGACGGUCACGGUAUCCUGGAGUUUUCCACCGACAAAGCCGGCCAAGACGUGACGCCGAUGAAUCUCAAGUUCGAAGACGAAAUCGUACAAAACCGGAACACGGCGUUAAACUCAAUCUCUGGCAUGUUCAGCCAACUCAAACGUAGUGUGACUGACAUUCGCUUGCAUGGCCUAUCGCAAAAGCAACAUGGCAGGGAAGAGGAAAAUGGGAAACUUGGUAAUUCCGGCGGAUUGAAGUGUUCGACGUCUCAUAAACAUCUGUUCGCGUCUCAAUGUAAUGAGAACCAGCCGCUUCUUGAUCACCAAUUACCAAUUUCCGAGUCGUCCGCGCUGCACCAUCAACAGUGCAAGGACAGCAACAGCAGUGACCAAGCCAGCGUGCAAAACAUGUCGGCUGCCGGAUUCAGUACGACCGCGUCAUCGCAUUACGGCACCCCGACGGCCCAAAGCCCCUUACAUUCCACUUGUAAAGCACAAACCUCACCUUUCCCCAACCCAUCCAUGUCUGUGAUCGCUGAUAAUACGACUGUGAUAACGCCCCCGUCACCGCAACGUGCAAUUGCUUCGUGUUCGCAGUGUGGCAAUGUCGACGUGCAUUAUCGAAUAGAUAGGCUGUCUAAGCAGUUCGAAUAUUUGGAGCAGUCCGUAUCGAACGACAUUAAAACGAUACUGCGUAUACUAAAACACCAAAGCGGAGAUAUCCAGGGGCCGGAAACUCGACCGGACGGGUACAGGUUGAGACCGUCGCCCGUUAAGAAAACCUCGAGCGAGCACCUUCCCAGACCGACGUUAGCGGUGAAGUUCAGGAGCUCGUCGCAAGACGAAAUGAAAAGCGAGAGCCGGUGUCGACAGCAAGCGUCUUCGAUGCGUCAAUCGUCUGACCCACAAUCCACCACUAUCAUCACCAUUCCAAGGCGGAGUUACUCCCAGCCUCACGAUCUCUGUCAGACCCAACAAAGUCGUUAUUCUCGAGAAAUUCCAACCGAUAAUCUCUUCGACGCGUCGAGUUCGACUUCUACCGGAUUGGACACUGCUGCCGCCACCCAGAAACGACAGCAAUUUGCCAGUCUACGGUGUACGACCAGCUAUAAUUCCAGCGACGAAGGCAACGUUAUAGAGUUUACACCUUUGGCGCCUUUAGCGCCUUUAGCCAGGCUAGAUUCUCUUCACGAAAUGGAUACGUCCGAGACGCAAAGUCAUGCGAGUAGUACAACCACCAGUCCAUCGCAUCAGCCACACCAACAGGGGACCGGUUUGUAGCCCCUGUCGUCAUCCCUCCCACUUAUGUGACCGAAGGCUGACAAUUUACGAGCUUGUUGUAUUUAUCUAUUGUUUUUUUUAUAAUUUUUUAAGUCACAAUUUAGAGAUUUGCGCUCGAUCUACAACACACACAUUUGUAUAUUGGGAGGGUAAUGUUUAUUAAGCGUUUUUUUUGUUAAUACUUAAUUACGGUUUUUAUACUCUGAGAAAAAACAUAUAAAAGACUACAGAUUUUUUAUAAGGAGUUUUUAAAACAUACAAUAUUUGUUUUCAUUUGGUAGGGGGAGGAAGUUUUAUUUUAGCCUAUGCUAUACGAACAUCGAAAAUAUUUUUUAGACAGAAUUGGCUUCGACAUUUAAUAUAAUUUAUAUUUUAGGUACGCUGUAACUAUAAUGAUUAAAGUUAUGUUGCUUGUUUGUUAUACGAACGAAAUAGUAAUAAUUAUCACAGUCAUGUACAAAUGUUAUUUUGUUGUUGUUGUUGUUAUAUUGAACUUUUUUUAAAAAUAUUUGUACGAUGGAUAAUUGGAAUUAAGUCAUUAUUAUUUUGUACUAUAUCGAUUUGUUUUUGUUUUAGCUUAAUCAAAUGAUAUUAUUAUCUCCCUUUUAUCAAACAGCAUAUCUUGAUGGUGUUGUUGUCGCAUAAUUAUUUUAUU